GGCCGCGGCGGCGAGCAGAGCAGAUCCAUUGGCAGAGAGGGAGGAGCGAGAGGGCAAGCCAGCGAGUGGGAGCGAGGUGGGGCGGGCUGAGGCCAGCGCGGAAGUCUCGCGAGGCAGAGCCCGAGAGGAGUGUGGCGGCGGCGGCGGCGGCGAGAUCUGGGCUCGGGUUGAGGAGUUGGUAUUUGUGUGGAAGGAGGCGGAGGCGCAGGAGGAAGGGGGAAGCGGAGCGCCGGUCCGGAGGGCGGGAGGAGGCGCGGCCAGGGCGGGCAGCUGAGGCGAGGCGAGGCGAGGGGAGGCGGGGAGCCGGGACGAGCAGCGGCCGAGCGAGCGCGGGGCGCACCGAGGCGAGGGAGGCGGGGAAGCCCCGCCGCCGCGGCCGCCGCGCCCGCCCCUUCCCCCCCGGCCGCCCGCCCCCUCUCCCCCCGCCCGCUCGCCGCCUUCCUCCCUGUGCCUUCCUUCCCCACGGCCGGCCGCCUCCUCGCCCGCCCGCCCGCAGCCGAGGAGCCGAGGCCGCCGCGGCCGUGGCGGCGGAGCCCUCAGCCAUGGCCUCGGGCGACACCCUCUACAUCGCCACGGACGGCUCGGAGAUGCCGGCCGAGAUCGUGGAGCUGCACGAGAUCGAGGUGGAGACCAUCCCGGUGGAGACCAUCGAGACCACGGUGGUGGGCGAGGAGGAAGAGGAGGAGGACGACGAUGAGGACGGCGGCGGUGGCGACCACGGCGGCGGGGGCGGCCACGGGCACGCCGGCCACCACCACCACCACCAUCAUCACCACCACCACCCGCCCAUGAUCGCGCUGCAGCCGCUCGUCACCGACGACCCGACCCAGGUGCACCACCACCAGGAGGUGAUCCUGGUGCAGACGCGCGAGGAGGUGGUGGGCGGCGACGACUCGGACGGGCUGCGCGCCGAGGACGGCUUCGAGGACCAGAUCCUCAUCCCGGUUCCCGCGCCGGCCGGCGGCGACGACGACUACAUCGAGCAGACGCUGGUCACCGUGGCGGCGGCCGGCAAGAGCGGCGGCGGCGGCUCGUCGUCGUCGGGCGGCGGCCGCGUCAAGAAGGGCGGCGGCAAGAAGAGCGGCAAGAAGAGUUACCUCAGCGGCGGGGCCGGCGCGGCGGGCGGCGGCGGCGCCGACCCGGGCAACAAGAAGUGGGAACAGAAGCAGGUGCAGAUCAAGACCCUGGAGGGCGAGUUCUCGGUCACCAUGUGGUCCUCAGAUGAAAAAAAAGAUAUUGACCAUGAGACAGUGGUCGAAGAACAGAUCAUUGGAGAGAACUCGCCUCCCGAUUAUUCAGAGUAUAUGACAGGAAAGAAACUUCCUCCUGGAGGAAUACCUGGCAUUGACCUCUCAGAUCCCAAACAACUGGCGGAAUUUGCUAGAAUGAAGCCAAGAAAAAUUAAAGAAGACGAUGCUCCAAGAACAAUAGCUUGCCCUCAUAAAGGCUGCACAAAGAUGUUCAGGGAUAACUCUGCCAUGAGAAAACAUCUGCACACCCACGGUCCCAGAGUCCACGUCUGUGCAGAAUGUGGCAAAGCUUUUGUUGAGAGCUCAAAACUAAAACGGCACCAACUGGUUCAUACUGGAGAGAAGCCUUUUCAGUGCACAUUCGAAGGCUGCGGGAAACGCUUUUCACUGGACUUCAAUUUGCGCACACAUGUGCGAAUCCAUACCGGAGACAGGCCCUAUGUGUGCCCCUUCGAUGGUUGUAAUAAGAAGUUUGCCCAGUCAACUAACCUGAAAUCUCACAUCUUAACACAUGCUAAGGCCAAAAACAACCAGUGAAAAGAAGAGAGAGAAGACCCUUCUCGACCACGGGAAGCAUCUUCCAGGAGUGUGAUUGGGAAUAAAUAUGCCUCUCCUUUGUAUAUUAUUUCUAGGAAGAAUUUUAAAAAUGAAUCCUACACACCUAAGGGACAUGUUUUGAUAAAGUAGUAAAAAUUAAAAAAAACUUUAAUAAGAUGACAUUGCUAAGAUGCUCUAUCUUGCUCUGUAAUCUCGUUUCAAAAACACGGUGUUUUUGUAAAGUGUGGUCCCAACAGGAGGACAAUUCAUGAACUUCGCAUCAAAAGACAAUUCUUUAUACAACAGUGCUCAAAAUGGGACUUCUUUUCACAUUCUUAUAAAUAUGAAGCUCACCUGUUGCUUACAAUUUUUUUAAUUUUGUAUUUUCCAAGUGUGCAUAUUGUACACUUUUUGGGGAUAUGCUUAGUAAUGCUAUGUGUGAUUUUUCUGGAGGUUGAUAACUUUGCUUGCAGUAGAUUUUCUUUAAAAGAAUGGGCAGUUACAUGCAUACUUCAAAAGUAUUUUCCUGUAAAAAAAAAAAAAGUUAUAUAGGUUUUGUUUGCUAUCUUAAUUUUGGUUGUAUUCUUUGAUGUUAACACAUUUUGUAUAAUUGUAUCGUAUAGCUGUAUUGAAUCAUGUAGUAUCAAAUAUUAGAUGUGAUUUAAUAGUGUUAAUCAAUUUAAACCCAUUUUAGUCACUUUUUUUUCCAAAAAAUACUGCCAGAUGCUGAUGUUCAGUGUAAUUUCUUUGCCUGUUCAGUUACAGAAAGUGGUGCUCAGUUGUAGAAUGUGUUGUACCUUUAACACCUGCUGUGUACAUCCCGUGUAACAGAAAGGGCGAUAAUAAAGCAGCAAUCCUAAAGCAAGGACAUGGCAGAGAAAGAUCUGUAAGCACAGUCUUAUUUUCUUCUGUUGUCCAGAAUACUUAUAAUUCUUGAGCCUCCCAGAAAUUGGAAGCUAAAUAAAGCAACUCAAGUUUCCUUUAUUUUGCACUCAAUUACAGUGAUUUGUGGUUAAAGCAAUGCAUGAAUAUUUUAAUACUUCUUACAUGUCCUGAAUUCUGAAAGCAAGUAACAGGCAACCCAAGUUAAGGAGCUACCUCAGAGAACCCCAGACCAGGCCAUUGGUGGUAGGAUGUGAUUUUAACCUGUCCCCGCCCCCUGCAGGCAUGUGAGUGAAGCAUCUGGGCCUGGGCCUGAGCGCCUCCCAAGGUAAGGCGCUAGCUGGCAGUGGGGCGCACAGAGGCAAGAGCAAGCCUUUCCAUCACCCAGGCUGCCUUCGGAGCAGUUCCUGCGGGCUCUCUAACAGAAAACACUUACAGUUGGUGGUUAUUGGGUUUGAGAGUGUUUGUUCCUCCAUCCAUUGGAGUCCUUACUAAAUGUUAGCAAAUGUGGCAAUUGAGCGCCAGUAGCUUAAUUUCAUGCUUCUAAAUGGGUACUGGGUGCAGAUUGGAGAGGUGAUUAGAUUAUCCAGAAAUUGUGCUCAAUGAGUACUUUACCUCUCACAUUGUGACCUCUUAAAUAUACAAUUAUAAUUUUGGACUUUACUUAGGGUCAAAUAUCAGACUUGUUGAAAAUAUUUUAUAAACUGCCAUGAUACAGCAAAAUUCCAUUUAUUCAAAAUGCAAACAUACUGUGUGUCUUCCUAUGCUAUGUAUGCUUGACUCUGCGAGAUAAAUGACAAACUAGGUAGUACCAGAUUUAUUUACAAAAUGGCCAGGACACCAUCAGCUCAAACAUGUAGCCCAAUCUCUUAUAGCUUCUCCAUUGGUCCUAUACAGGAGGAUGGGUGACCCUGUGGCUCUGUGGAAUUUUGAAGUGCCUUUUGAAUCAUGAAUGAAAAAUAUAACUUGAGGCCCUUUUUUUUAUUCGUCCAGAAUCUGUUAUCCAUUGGUAGUUUGGUGGAACUGAGUUAAUCAGAAGACCCCAGCUGUUCUCUGGAUAAGCCAGGCUUUGCUGUAUCUGGCAGUCAGGAGAGAGGUAAGCCCCUGGUGGAGAUGCCCUUCACGGCCAAGUGCCCUGAUGAGAACGUGGGAUUCUUUGGCGAGACCUGGGCAGAAGAUUCCACUGAUGCCCGUACCUGCCCUCCCCACUGUCAGGUUGAGCAGUCCCGGUGUGGCUGUACUGAAAUGCCACUCCGGUUGGUGCCUGUAGCAGGAGUCCAGAGCUGCAUCACCCUCGCCCAGCAUUAUGCUGCACUGAAGCCUGGCCCUGGCACUGUCCUCAGGACCCUGCCCAAGGGCCCACAACAGCACACCUGUGCUGUGGAGAAGUCCUGCCAGCAGCCCUGGGAGCCAUGCCAUGACGUGCAGGAGCCAGGCUCCCGGUGGAAGGAGGCCCCUCUUCCUCUGUGCCUUGAUCCCUUGGGGGAUGCCUUUGGUCAUCUCUUCUGUCCCUUUCUGUCUCUGAGUGGAAUAGUUAUCACUCCCCUUGACUCUUCUCUGUUCACAUGUUUUCUCUCAGUCUGCAGAGUUAACUUCUGUAAGUUUAAUCUGGGAUUCAAAGCAAACUUAAUGUACAAGUACCUUGCUGACAUAGCACUCUGAAUUUCCAACAAUAGUGUAGGAAACUAAUAAAUGAGCAACACUAUAAAAAGUAGAGGGAAGUCUCAUUGGGUUUAGCCUAAACCCGUUUUGCUUGUGGUUAGAUUUUAUAAUUUUGCUAAAGAUGUAAUUUACUAAAAUUUGAAAUGGUGUUCUAAUAGUCCAUUGUCUUGAGGAUUAAUCUAAUUUAUAAGUAAUACUGAUAGACAUAUUUUCUUACAUCUGAGCAGAAAUAAAUGCAUGUUUCUAGCAUAUGUAAUAUAAAAACUCCAGAGGAUAAGUUUACACUUAACAAGAUGUUGUUUUCUAUUUUUGAAUUUAUUAUUUCCCCCCUUUUGGUAGUGGGGUUGAGAAGGGGGAGCAUAAUAUUUAUAUAAAGAACUGUCACCUCAGGGUGGCAUUUAUUUUCCAAGGUGACCCUGAACUCAUGCUGUUGGUUUCAUAUGGUGUUUGUAUGCUUUGCCUAAACUCAAGGCCUGAGGGUUUGGGGAAAAUCAAGAUUUUUUUUUUCUAUUUGGUUUAACAUACAGGUUCUUACAAAUGUCACUUAUUUUGCUAAAUAGUAUGCGCAUUGCCUGCCCAUGUUCCUAAGCAGAGUUCAAGUUCAUUUCUUUACAAAUAGGUGAGUCACUUCAGUCAGGAAGAAGCCUACCCAGCAAGUCGUUUGAGAAUUCUUAGGUGGGUUUGCUGCUGCCCCGGUAUACAUUGUUUACACUCUGCCUAGCAAAACUUGAUUAUUUUAAUGUGCCUCAGAUGGGUCUCAGACUAGAGUUUAUCUGUGGCACAGGGAAACCAGGCCUCCUAAAAUAAGUUUUUGGAUUGGAAACCUAAUAAUUCUAUCUACCCCCCAUUCCUGCUAUGGCAGAGCGAAAUGAUCACUUCCUGUGUCUCUGACUCCUCUAUGAUCUGGAAUCAGUGUGGCUUAGGAAGUCCUUGUUAAUCUUUAAUUCCAUAAGUUCCUGUGUUUUUUGUUUUUUUUUUUUUUGACGUCUGGCCACCAGAGCAAGCAACGAUCCCAAAGGUCAAAACAGCAGUAAGAGCUGAAGUUGCUCACAGGUGUGUACCUGAUGGCCACGCCAGUGCCAUGAGGUUUCCUCCUAGCUGCUCUGCUGGCCUGCUGAAGUCAGCUCCUUGCCUGUCACUGGACUGCCUUGGACCCCUGGCCGUAGGGAACACUUAGGGCCCUUUGUCCCAGCUCCACUGGCAUUAGUGUGAUUGUAGCACUACUUCAUAAUUCUGGCUCAGGAGGUCCUGGUAGGUGCAUUUCACCCAAACCCAAGAGGUGGGGGAGGAAGCCAAAAGUCGAGGGUGUACUUCCCUGCGGUUCUGGUCGUGCACUUCUCUUUGAGUUUACAGAAGGUACUCCAUGCUUUCAGAAUCACCAGUCACUCUUUGGCAUUUGACUGGCUGGCUGGCUAGAUAUCAUUCACCCUAAAUUACUGACCUUUGAAUUUUAUCUUGUUACUGCUCAGAUUGUGGGCAGAUGCCCUGGUUGCCUGAAGAUGGUUUAAGUGCAGGCCCUUCAGACAAGCGCGGUAUCAGGCAGGAGUGGGCUGGCCUCUCACCCACAGGAGGGCAGAUACAGGGCUAAGAGGCUUUCUGGCAUCUGCACCAGUCCCGAGUGGUCAUUACGGUGCUGGAGAGGACCUUUGAGCUGGGACUGUUGGGAGACUUGGUUGGGAGGGACAGGUGGCGUGUUGUUGAUGCCCAUUGCCCAGUCCCCCUUAGUAAAACUGGAAGGGAAUGUUGAAGUUGUAUAUUGGCAUUAGGUUAGCAGGCAGAUCAUACCUCCCACAAACAAGGUGCAAGAAGGUGUGAGCUGCCAAAUGGAGGGCUCUGGCCAUGCUGCGCAUCCCAGCGCCCUGGGUCCCAGCUAGCAUUCUGGGAGUCUGCAGAGGGUCGGUGUGGUGGCAUCUCAUUCAUCUGAUGCACAAUGAUUGAAUUUCCACAAAGUGGCAUGUUUGAUCAAAUUGCUGUUCAUCAGACACUCAGCCACCAUAAGAAACAGCAUUGGGGUCUGUGGGGAGGGGCAGCUUGCUGUGGUCUGUUCUGUUGGCUGCCCUUGGGGCUGCAGGGUAUCUGCAUAUGUUACAGAGGGAGACGGGCAUCCAUACCUGUUAUGAGGCUCUGUUAACCUACUACAGAUGGUGAGAAAAAUUCUGUUUUUGUUCACUUUCUGGUAAUUUCUGUAGGCCCUGACUCAAGGACUUAGCAUUGUGUCUCAUGUACAUCUUUUUCUUAAGUGUUCUUUGCCAUUUCUGGAAUUGUCCUUGGUUUUUCCUUAGCUCAUAGGUCAUAGAUGCAGAAAUAUUAUAGUGUUUAAGGCAUCCGCAUCAAGCAUCAGAUGGCUUUGCAUCCAGAAAAACAUUGAUAACUCAGUUUGAAGCACCAAGCAUGUGUAACAUGGCUCUAUAAAAUACAAUAAAUGCAUAAUGUUAAGCUUU